AAAUCAGUAAUCAGACGAUCACCGCUGCCCCUGAAUCAAAGGAUCGUGACAAAGUUGACUGACACAUCACACCUCCAUCCAUAACUGCUGCCUACGACAAUCCCCAAACUCUUGCCCUUUCCUUCUCUGUGUGCCAGCCCUAAUUCAGUUUCACUUCCCUCCCACCAUAAUCAGAGCUGCGAUUGAAGAAACAUAGCUUUCUAAUUUGAGUCCACCAAGGUGAUUGAUAUAUGCUGGAUUUUUGAACACUGUUUUUCAAUCACAAUCCUGUUGGGACACUUAGGGUCGAGGGAUGGAUUCGAAAUCAGCUGAUUCAACUACUUCACCUACUGUUAAAGUUCUGGAUGAACAACCCCCUGCUGCUGAAGAUUCCAGACCAGAUAGCUCUACACGUGAUUCACCAUCUAAGCUAUCUGGUUCUGGUUUAACAUCGUGGGCUAAGAACUUGAAAAUUCCCCACUCAUUUACUUCCAUGCAAGAUGAUUCACCCACUGGAAAUUCUGCUAAGUCAAGCUUCACACGUUUUACUAGUGGCUUAGGAUUGCGCUUGUCUCCAAAAUCACCCCCAGCAACUGUGGAUGAUGUUGCUGAAGGCAGUUCAACAGCCGCACAACCUGGUUUUAUUGGAACAAUUACGAAAGGGUUAGUUGAUUCAUCUAAGAAUGCAGUAAAUGCCGUAAAGGUGAAGGCUCGGCAUGUUGUAUCUCAAAAUAAACGACGAUACCAGGAGGAUGGGUUUGAUCUGGACAUGACAUAUAUCACAGAGAAUGUAAUUGCUAUGGGCUUCCCUGCUGGAGAUAUGAGUUCUGGGUUUUUUGGAUAUGUAGAGGGGUUUUACCGAAAUCACAUGGAAGAAGUAAUUAAGUUCUUUGAAACUCAUCACAAGGGGAAGUACAAAGUAUACAAUCUUUGCUCUGAAAGGCUGUAUGAUGCAUCAUUAUUUGAGGGGAAGGUGGCCAGCUUCCCAUUUGAUGACCAUAAUUGCCCCCCAAUUCAACUUAUAAUAUCCUUCUGUCAAAGUGCUUAUUCUUGGUUGAAGGAGGAUAUUGAGAAUGUUGUGGUGGUGCACUGUAAGGCUGGAAUGGCAAGGACAGGCUUGAUGAUCUCUAGUCUUCUUCUUUAUUUGAAGUUCUUCCCUACUGCGGAAGAGUCGAUGGAUUACUACAACCAGAAAAGAUGUAUUGACGGAAAGGGGCUCGUUCUGCCCAGUCAGAUUAGGUAUGUGAAAUAUUUUGAACGUACCUUAACAUACUUCAAUGGUGAAGUCCAGUCCGGCCGCAGGUGCAUGCUUAGGGGAUUUCGGCUUCACAGGUGUCCUUAUUGGAUCAGGCCCUCAAUCACUGUCAGUAACCACUAUGGUGUUCUUUUCUCUACAAAAAAGCAUCCCCGAACCAAGGAUCUGUCGCCAGAAGAAUACUGGUUUAGUGCACCAAAGAAAGGGGUCAUGGUUUUUGCUCUUCCGGGGGAGCCCGGUCUGGCAGAGGUUGCUGGAGACUUUAAAGUCCAAUUUCACGAUCGCCAAGGAGACUUUUACUUCUGGCUAAACACGACAAUGAUGGAAAAUAGAAAAGUUUUGAAUACAAGUGAUCUUGAUGCGUUUGACAAGAGAAAACUGCCUUCCCCAGGAUUCCAGGUUGAGGUUGUGCUAGUAGAUUACAUUGAUUCUGUUCCAACGGGGCCAACUGCUCAAACAAUCCCCAACAAGUCAGAUGAAAGCUCUGUCACAAGUCACUCCCCUCUUGCUGGUGGUUCAGAUGCUCCAGACCAGAGUAAAGACUCAGGAACCCGUGAUAAAGAUGAUGUUUUUUCAGAUAGUGAAGCAGAGGAAGGUGGUUCUUCAAAAAGUAGUAAAGCCCACACAGCUUCUGCAGGAGGUGGUGUUUCCACAACCAAUCCCGGAUCUGAUACUAAAUCCAACUCAGAUCAAAUUGCAGGUUUAACACAUGCAACUGGCCAAGUUUCUCUCGGAGAUACUGGCUCCAAACAGACGCAUUCCGCUAGUGACCUGAAAAGCAACAGUGUCAGUGGAGCGGCCUCCAGCGUUGAGGCACCCAACUCAGCAAGUGAAUUCAAGGCAAUGGCUGCUGAUGCCUCUGUCUUUACAUUUGGAGAUGAUGAAGAAUAUGAAAGUGAUUGAACCGGGCAGGUGCAUUAAUGAAUUCUGUCAAUGAAACUCUGUACAUAAAUUAGCUUCAACUUUCAAUAUGCAUUGCUCGGUUAUCGUUAAAAUCCAUUCAUUUCAUUUGUAAUGUUAAAAAGUCAAGUUUGGUGGUUUUGUUAAGAGACAAAUGCAAGUUGGAGUUGGGAGAAUAAUUAAUGUCAUGAAAUUGUGAUAAAGUAUUGUGUAAAAGUCGAACAAUUUAAAUUAUGUACUUUUAUUUUAUGAUUUUGUA